GACCCCCCCCCCCGUCCAACAAUGCCUUCGUCCAGGUCCGUCACUGCCAGUCUGCUGCGCCAGAGGCCUGCCAGAGUCUCGUCGCAAGGCCCUCGACUCGCUCGGCGGAGCUUCCAGUCGCGAGCAGGCUUGCUCCGACCCCGCAUCGCUCUUCCACCAGUUCUGGGCCAGCGUCGCGCCUUUUCGCUCUCAAUCCCUCGCCAUUUUGCAGAUGUCGAUGAGGCCUUCGACCCCAGAUCCGUGGAGAGGGAGCGCGAUGAGGUUGAUGUAUGUAUAGUGGGUGGAGGUCCUGCGGGGCUGAGCGCCGCCAUUCGAUUGAAGCAGCUGGCGAACGAGGCGGGCAAUGAGGAUUUCCGCGUCCUCCUGCUAGAGAAAGCGGGAGAGAUUGGAGCGCAUAUCCUCUCUGGCGCCGUCAUCGAACCCACCGCCAUCAAUGAGCUCAUCCCGGACUGGCUCGCAGAGGACAAUGAGAACCGCUUUCAAGAUGUCACCCCUGUAACGGGCGACAAGAUGCGAUUCCUCCUGAAGUCCUCUGCGAUCCCCAUUCCCGCCCCCCCUCAAAUGAACAACCACGGGAAUUAUAUUAUUAGUCUGAACCAGUUUACGAAAUGGCUUGGAGAAAGAGCGGAAGAGGUUGGGGUUGAGGUAUACCCCGGCUUUGCUGCUUCAGAAGUCCUAUACAAAUCAGACGGGUCUGUCCAGGGGGUUGCUACCAACGAUGUGGGCAUUUCAAGGUCUGGGCAACCCAAAGAUACCUUUGAAAGGGGGAUGGAGUUCCAUGCGCGCAUCACCCUGUUUGCUGAAGGAUGCCAUGGCAGCCUCACCAAGCAAGUGAUCAAGAAAUUCGACCUUCGCCGGGACAGUCAACCCCAAACCUACGGUCUUGGACUGAAGGAGGUAUGGGAGGUGCAACCCGAGAAAUUCCGGAAGGGCGAAGUUGUUCACUCGCUGGGGUAUCCUCUGCCAGCAGAUACAUACGGUGGUGGUUUCAUGUACCACUUCGGUGAUAACAUGGUCAGCCUUGGCUUGGUGGUUGGGCUCGAUUAUCCCAACCCUUGGCUUUCACCUUACCAGGAGUUUCAAAAAAUGAAGCAUCACCCUUUGUACAAGUCGGUUCUUGAAGGCGGCAAGUGUAUCUCGUACGGUGCACGUGCUCUGAAUGAGGGUGGGUUUCAAUCAAUACCAAAGGUCGCUUUCCCUGGUGGUGCUUUGAUCGGCGAUACCGCCGGCUUUCUUAACGUCCCUAAGAUCAAGGGAACCCAUACGGCCAUGAAAUCCGGAAUGCUGGCAGCAGAAGCCGCAUGGACAGCGCUCGGAUCGAACGAUUCUGGCACAGUCUUUCUUUAUGAUUACGAAGAUGCGCUUCGCAAGUCGAGCAUCUGGAAAGAAUUGAAGGAAGUCCGCAACAUGCGACCAUCCUUCCACUCGCCUUUGAAACUCUACGGCGGAAUCAUGUAUUCUGGAUUAGAAGCCUAUGUUUUGAAAGGCAAGGUCCCGUGGACGCUCAAGCACCACAAGCCUGACCAUGCUGCUACGAAGCAAGCAGACCAGUGUACAAAGAUCGAGUAUCCGAAGCCGGAUGGCAAGAUCAGCUUUGAUAUCUUGACAAGUGUAAGCCGGACUGGUACGAACCACGAGGAAGACCAGCCGGUACACUUGCAAGUCAAGGAUUGGGAUAAGCACGCGCAGAUGGAGUGGCCAAAGUAUAAAGGGAUUGAGAACCGAUUCUGCCCUGCUGGAGUGUACGAAUAUGUGGAGGAUGAGACCAAGCCAAUUGGUGUAAGGUUCCAAAUCAACGCCCAGAAUUGUAUUCAUUGCAAGACUUGUGAUAUCAAGGUUCCGGACCAAGAUAUCAACUGGACUGUACCGAAUGGAGGAGAUGGCCCCCAGUAUUAUAUGACGUAGAUAGAUAAAAGUACAUAGAAGAACCAAAAGCUUAAGCAAAGUUGUAACCCU